AUGCUGGAGUACAGCCCACCAGAGUGGAUCCUCUUUGGCUACUACCAUGGCCAGCCAGCCACCAUCUGGUCCCUGGGCAUCCUGCUCUAUCACCUGGUCUGUGGGCACCUUCCUUUCCACACAAACGAGGACAUCGUCCGGGGCCAGCUCUUCUUCCCGCCCCGGGUGUCUCAAGAGUGCCAGCACCUCAUCAGGUGGUGUUUAUCCAUGGACCCCGCAGACAGGCCAUCACUGGAAGACCUUUUUGAGCAUUCUUGGCUGCAGGAGCCCUGCCUGGCCCAGGAGACAGCAGAGAUCCAUCCCUGUGCUCAGUAGGAUCCAGGAGCCCAGCAAGUACCAGCUGCAUGCGUCUGGUGGCACUCCAAGAAAACCCCGGAGCGUUUCCCUGCGGCCGCGGCACGGAGGAGAGAGCGCAGCCGAGGAGAUGCUUCCGCUGGUCCCCGGCGAGUUGUGGAGGGAGCGGCUCAGUGCUCCCCGUGCCACUGGAGAAGUGGUGGCAAUGCGGUGAAGGUGCCACG